GACCUUGAAGCAGAAGGCAAACUCAGCAAAGAUGGCGGCCAUUGACUUGGACUGGGAAGAAGUUCGAGACCAGUUACGAACAUGGCGAGAGGACAACACGCGACACAGUGAAGAGGUCGUAGACAUGUGGGAGUACUGCCUGAGACAUUAUAAACACAAACUAGGAGAUGAACGUUGGAUGGUGGAGGAACAGGUUGUUAUAGCUGGCUUGGAUUGUUACCGUCUAGAUGUAGCAGAGCCCAGUUUAGUGUCUCUAAGCGAACAAUUUACGGGAUCUUUAAGAGUGCGCAAACUGAAAGCCAUGAGGUUGGAAGCUCUUGAGAGAUUUGAUGAGGCUAUCGAUGUGUAUGACAGCAUUAUUCGCCUGGACGAAACAAAUUCAACAGCAAGGAAGCGGAAAGUUGCUGUAUUACGGGGUCAAGGAAGGAUUGCUGAUGCUAUCAAAGAGCUCACUGAAUAUCUUAAAAUUUUCAUGUCUGAUGGUGAGGCAUGGCAGGAGUUGUGUGAUCUGUACUUAAAGGAAGGUGACUAUGCUAAAGCUGCCUUCUGUAUGGAAGAAUUAAUACUGACAAAUCCUCACAAUCACCUCUUCUAUACCAGAUAUGCAGAAAUCAAGUACACACAGGGAAACCUCGAUAAUAUGGAAAUUGCUCGAAGCUAUUUCUGUCAGGCAGCCAAGCUGAACCCAGGCAAUGUGCGAGCCCUUUAUGGCCUCUUCCUAAGCUGUACCCAAGUCUCAUCAUCAUCAAAAUGCAGUGCACAGAAGAAGAAAGAGACUCAGCAGCUAGCUGCAUGGGCUCUCAAGGAAAUAGCUGAUAGGUACUCAAAAUGCAGAACUAAGGCAAUGGAUGGAUCAAAAAUACUGGAAACUUUUGGAGCUUUGAGCUUAACAGAUAAAGCAUGAUAGUUGUCCUUAGUCAGAAUCAUAUAUAUCUUGUUCUUUUGUAUUGUAAUAAAUUUUGAAAUGAAAUAUAAUGUUGUGUAUUACCUAGAACAAUUUUUGUCCCAUUUUAUACUUCCUUAUUCACAGAAUGGAAAACUGCUAUUUUCUGUGUUUGAGAGUUGUUGUGUUUUAUGGCCACAACAAAUGCAUUCCUUUGUAUAACAGAACUGUGCAUUCUUAUAGGUUUAGGGUCAUAGAAAAUUUAUACAAUUUAUAAGGAAAUACCACAUUGACAUAACUACCUGAUUAUUACCAAAAGAAAGUGCCAUUUUUUUUUUAAUUAUUUUAUUGAGCAUUUAUCUUUUUGGAUGUCAGUUAUGUCUGGAGUCAUUUGUAUGUGAUCUGUUUGUGGUGUUUGAUGUAGUAGCAUAACAAUGUUAACCAACAGCUGGUCUUUCUUUAACAAUGAUAAAAUACCUGUACAUUAUAAGCUUAUAUUAAUAUAUGCAGACAAUUAGAAGAAAGAUUAGACAUUGAACUUAAUUUUUCAAGACAUUCCAAAUUGCAGUUCCCAAUCAUGUGGAUUGGUAUUAUUGUAUUAUUAAAAUUUAUAGGUGUAGAACCGUUUCUCCGAAGCGAUCCAAAAACCGGCUGUGAUCUGGAACAUAUUGCUGUAUUUAAAAUGAGCGCCAAAAGUAAUUCCUGGGCCGAGAGGGAAUAUUUCUAACCAUUCCCCAUCUGUGAGCUAUAUUUUAUGUUAUGGUUAUUUUUCAACUUCAUAUUUCGGGUAGACACUAAAUUAUUUUUUUUUACCCGGUUAUAUGCACACAAUCCUACACACGGAAAGUGAAAAAAAAAUAUUAUGAGGUAUAAAGAUUUAUGUAGUUAUGGAUUUCCACUGUGAAGCCGUGUGGAGAUCAUAGGGUCUACUGGGAAUCGCUUUUGCUGAGGCAAGUAUUGGGUGAUUGUGACGCAGUAUACAUUAACUUGUAUAAUUUUUGCUCUUUUUAUGCUCAUUAUUACUGUACUAUUUAUAUGCUUUCGUUAUUGCUGUUUAUAUGCCUACAAUUUUAAGUUAUAAUGUUUCAAGUAUGCUGGAUAAAUGGUCCCAUACCUGUAUGUGAAUACUAGGCCAAACUUAGAUUAGGAAAACAAUUCUUCAUGAGUAAGUACAGCACAUGCAAUACAAAGUACAGUACUGUACCUGUAUAUACUGUACAGUGAGUCAUAUGUUAUGUCCAAUGGAGCUUUUAUGCUGUUAAUGUUAUGUUUUACCUGAGAUAAUUAACUCCAUGUGGCAUAAACUGUUGGAAAAAUGGAACCAUGCAAUGAUUUAGCUGUGGCUUCUAAUUCCAGCAGCGUAUAGGAGCACAAGUUUCACUUUUUCUGGGGGAUUAUACCUCUUGGGAUCAGCCACAUCUAGUAAUUAUCUAAAAGUAAACAUAAAAAUUCCUACUGGAUAUGCAUAAAAAUUCCUACUGGAUAUGCUUAUGACUUGCCAUAUAUAUAUAUAAACUUAUUCAUGAAAGGAUUAGAUAUAUUCUCAUUAUUAUGUGGGUUUAACGAUUUCUAUACAGUAUAAUAUGUUUUGACAAAGUUGGCUGUUCUUGGAAUAUUGCAUUUAUAUCCUACUACAUCUAAGAAUCAUGUGAUAAAAGACACACUGUAGUACAUUUGAUUUGGCACUUACUGAAAAGAUAAGAAUCAGACACCAAGGCAUUACAUUUUUAGAAGCCCUAAGCCAUUGUGUUUUAACCUCUCUAUGAGCAAGUGUCUUAUUGCUUUAAUUCUUAACCUCUAUGUUGUCAUCUACUGCAAACAGAAUCUCUCAAUAUCUUUUUGUUACCAUAAACAUGCUCAUCUACCUAAGUUACUAUUAAUUACUCACUUCUCUCUCCUUUAGUCACUUCAUAUUACUGUAAUUAUUUAGUUUAACUUGUGACUAAAAUAUUCAAGGCGUUUAAAUUCCUACUGAAGUAUGUUUACUUCAAAAAACAGCAAAGAUGCUGUACAGUAACUUGCAAGUUCUGAUAUCCACAACUUUAUUUAUUCCAAGGAAAAAUUAUCUACCUUAUACACAGCUUCUCAGUUGACACCAUACUCCAUUGAACCUCUGUGACAUCUUCCAAGCUUCCAUUGUAAUAAAAGUUAGCAUUUAUUGUACAGGUUGUGUUAUAACUUGAGUUAAUGAUAGCUGUAUCAAUGUAGCUUUGUUGUAUAUCUAUAACUUAUCAGGAAAAUCUGUACAUAAAUUUUACUGGGAUUGCUUAUUAAUUCUGUUUAGAAAACUAGUCAUUAAUUUUUUUACAGGAAAAAUUAACAGUUUUCAAAUGGAUUAUGAAUGAUAGUGCAAACACUAUUUUUAUCAUAGAUGAAAAAGUAUAUUUGAAUAUAAAUUUAUGUGUAUGGCAAUAACUAAAUAGCCUUUCAAAGGCAUUUGUAAUACCUUUUGGAUUGAAGCCUUUUUUUAUAAUAAUGAUAAUGAACACCUAAUUGCUAAUAAUACACUGGACUAUGUGGACCAGUCAGUUGUCAAUGGAUUAAUUGAAUAGAUCAGUUGUUAGUAAGAUAAUAUACAGUUCCCCAAAUUUAGUCUCCUGUGAGGCCUAUCUUCAUGUUGGAGUUUUGUAUUAAAUAUAUACAUCCAUA